AUGGCCGACGCUUCAGAAAAAUUGAGCACCACGUUGCCCGCGUCCCGGUUCUACAGCAGCGUCGACCUCGCGGGGAAAACCGUUUUGGUCACGGGCGCGACUGCAGGCAUCGGGGAGGCGAUUGCCUGCCGCUUUGCCGAGCUCGAUGUGCGGCUCGUGCUCGUGGGCCGCCGCGCCGAGCGGCUGGAGAGUCUGAAGGCGCGACUGUUGCCUUUCUACAAGCAGACUGUGAUUGCCGAGGAAGCGGACCGAGUAAUCUGCUACCCCCUUGACGUGACCGACAAGUCGGGUGUGGAAAAGUUAGCGGAAACCAUCGGGUUUGUGGACGUUUUGGUGAACAACGCUGGCCUCGCGCUCGGGACCGCGACCGCAGAUGAAACGCCUUACGAAGACACCGCGCAGAUGUUCGCGACCAACGUGCUCGCGUGCGCACACUUGACCCAGGUUUUCGGCUCCAAAAUGAGGAAGCAGCAGACGGGGCACCUGGUCUUCAUCUCCUCCGUCGCGGCAAAGGACUACUACGAGGGAGGCGCAGUGUAAAAAUUUGAAUGACACAGGAAAAGGGAUUGUGAUUUUAGUAUAUUUAAGUAGGUCAAUGCCUGCUCCUCCAGAAAGCACAAAAGACAGGCUAGCUCCUAGAUACCAAUCAUAACGCUCCAUCUCCAAGCUCCAAAUCGUUUUGUUUCCUGAGAAACAGGGCUGGACGACACGAACACGAUAGUGCCGGUAAAGAAAAAUUUACAGCUGCUCUCCACUUUCUUAUCGGUACUAUCACAGGUAUUGUGCCACCAAGGCUGCGAUCCGGCAGUACGCCGAUGCGUUGCGCUGCGACGUGGUGGGCACACCGCUGCGCGUGACCACUAUCUCGCCUGGGUUGUGCGAGACGGAAUUCUCUCAGGUGCGGUUCAAGGGGGACACUGGUAAGGCGGGGACGGUUUACGCGAACAUUUUACCAUUGCUCCCCGCGGACAUCGCGGAUAACGUGGUGUAUGCGUGCACACGACCCAGCCACGUCCAGAUCUCGGAUCUGACAGCUUACUGUACCAACCAGGGACACGCGAAAUAUGUCGUCUCCCGGUGUGGUGACAGCUUGGGGGCGAAGUAGUGUUGAAACUAUGAAAGAAUCGACGCUGCUGAGAAGGGCCAGCCUCGGGGUCGGGUCGCCUUUGCUACGCGAAACGACCACCGCCGGUAUCGGUGUUGACGGAUUUUGAAGGCUGGAGUUGCCAAUGCGCAAUCUAUUUUUCUCACUUUGUCUCCACUGCUUCGGCAGACAUUUUCCACAUUUUCCUUUCCAAGAAAUCUGUGCGGGCCAGCACAUAGAGAUCGAUGCGGAAAACCAUUUUUAGUCUCGGCUGUCUUGUUUAGCUGCCGUAUGUAAGUGCCAAUAGAUUGUACUGUCCAUAAAUUGAACUACGGGCGCGAGGCUUGUGAGACCGACGACGCGUAGCGCGAGCAUGACAAGUGGC